AUGAUUCCGUUGCCUAUUCUUCUUCUUCUUCUUCUUCUCUGUUUGGCUAUACUCCCGGCAACCCGUUCCUUGGUCGAAGCGGUCAAUCGGACCGCCAGGCUAGUCUCACGGGCAGAAGUGAGCCUAGCCAAAACCGAAGAAGAAGAAGACUUUCGAAGUUUUGGUUCUGCCGGCUUGCCCAAAGUGAGACAAUCCGUCGUCUGGAAAUUUUUCCUGAAAUCUGCUGACAAUGACGGUGACUCCACAUGCAAAAUUUGCAAUAGAGCAGUAAAGUCUGGUGGAAAAGGUGGUGGUACAACAAAUCUGAGAAACCACUUGACUCGCAAUCAUAGCGAAAAUGCUCAAAUCAAAUUAGCAUUAACAAAAAAUCAAAACGGUGAUGAAUACACUUGUAAUCAACAACAAGGAAAUAUAUCAGAAAAAUCAAUAGCAUUAUCAAUGCCUUCAGCGUCAUCAACAUCCAUGCAAAUGGACCUCAGUGAAUCUGACUGUGAUUCGCCAGAUUCACCAACGCAUACGUCUUCGCCAGCACUUUCGGAAACGAGAAAAGGAUUCAUCAGUGCUAAUGUACAAAAGAGAUCAUCUGCAGUUCAGCCAAAAAUCGACAGCUCUUUUAAGCAAAUCAGGUCAUUUGAAGUGGGAGGAUCAAAAGCAGGAGAAAUUACCAAUGCCAUACUUUUCAUGAUUGCCAAGGAUAAUAUGCCUUUUCAGAUGGUGGAAAAUGAAGGCUUCAGAAACCUCAUGAAAACUACUGUCCCUCUUUAUUCUAUGCCUGGAAGGAAAUCAAUCACAAAAAAACUAGAAGAAAAAUAUGAGUACCUCGUAGAAUGUGAGAAAGAAAAACUGAAAACAAUUGAUUACUUCUCGGUAACUUCGGAUGUCUGGACCGAUGUUCUCAACACCAUCAGCUACUUAGGGGUGACUCUUCACUACGAAUUUGAUAAAGAAUUACAAUCUACUACAGUCGGUGUUACGGAGUUGACUGAGCGACACACAGCUGAAGUCAUCGGAGGAUGGUUGAAAAAUAUUUUACAAGAAUGGCGGAUUGAUGAUAACAAAAUUGUUGCGAUCAUCACUGAUAACGCAUCAAACAUGAAAAAAGCUGUCAAAGAUUUUUUUGGGCUUACAAAACAUAUUUCUUGUUUUGCUCAUUCCAUAAAUUUGGUCGCUGAGGAUACAAUGGAUUUCAAUGAGGCUACAACAUUGUGCAUGAAAAUUAAAAAAAUUGUGACAUAUUUCAAACAAUCCACGAUCGCGGCUGACGAAUUACGGAAGGCUACUCACCUCAAAUUGACACAAAGCGUUGAGACACGGUGGAAUUCAACUUUCGCUAUGUUAACAAGAUUCAGUCUGCUAUCAAAAGAAGUCGGAUCAAUUUUGCUAAGCAACCCGAGUUCGCCGGAGAUGUUGACUGCAUCGGAAUUACAAUUAGCAAACGAAAUUGUUCGGAUACUCCAACCGCUUGAAAAAGUUACCACGGAGCUUUGUGCGGAAAAAAUCGUUACAGUUAGCAAAGUGAUUCCGCUGAUCAAUUGUUUAAAAAAUAAAAUCGCACAACUUCGAAAGAAUCUCGAAACGCCAACUGCAUUUGCUUUGCUUGACCGCCUUGAAAAAUCAGUUUCAUUGCGGUUUGGGCAAAUUGAAAAUAAUCCUAUUAUGGCAAUAGCAACGAUUUUGGAUCCACGAUUCAAAAAGUUGCACUUUAAUGAUCGUUUGGCAUAUUCGAAAGCGAUCAACCGUAUUGGCCGCUCGAUGACUGAAUUGGAUCAAACCGUUUUUUCGAAUGAUAAAACUACUGAAACGCCGGUGCAGGUGCAUAGCCAAAGUGAUGAUCUGUGGUCUUUCCAUGACGUUUUACUCAACACAAAUAGUGGAAACGCUGUUUCUGCUCAAGAACAAAACCAAAUGCCAACCGAUUUACGGCACUAUUUGAAUCAACCAAUGGUGAAUCGAACGCAAGAUCCGAUACAUUAUUGGUCGAGUCGCAAAACACUUUAUCCGACUUUAUGGAUGAUCGCUCAAAAAUAUUUGUCAAUCGUUGCAACAUCGGUGCCUUCUGAAAGAUUAUUUUCGAGAGCUGGCAAUAUUUUAACCGAUUCUCGAAGUCGACUCUCUCCUGAUCACUUGCAGCAACUACUAUUCCUAAAUUCAUUAUCUAUCAAAGAUUGGCAAUUGGAAAAACAAAAGAUGACAUUGACAUCAGAAUUGAAGCAAAAAAAUUAAUCAAAAUGAACGAA